UGAAACCGGAAGCUUGACGCCGCUGCAGGAAGUCAACCGACGCUCGUUUCUGCCUGAAAUACGAGUUAUUACCGACAAACAACUGACGCACAAACACGACGGAUUAACAACAAAGACCGCCACAAACAUCCAAGAUGGCGCAGGACAAUAUUUUCCUCUUCGUUCCUAAUUUGAUCGGUUACGCCCGGGUGGUUCUGGCUCUCAUCUCUUUCUACCUGAUGCCCUGCUGCCCGUGGCCCGCCGUCUUCUGCUACCUGCUCAGCGCCCUGCUGGACGCCUUCGAUGGUCACGCUGCACGGGCGCUCAAUCAGUGCCUGUCCUUCUGCGGCGGGGACGGGCCGGCGGAACCAAAGUCUUACACCUCUCCUGUUCCAGCCCAGCAUGCUGUCUGGCGGAAAGCAUGUGCGCGGAGCCCAGCGGACUGCCACCUGUGGGGCAACCAGCCCCACUCUCUCUCUCUCUCUCUCUCUCUCACACACUCACACACACACACACUCUCUGACUCUGUGUGUCUCCUGCAGCCGGUGCUGUUUGUGAUGUGCGCCGGGAACGAGCUCUUCUUCUGCCUCCUCUACCUCCUCCAUCACAUCCAGGAACCAGCUGCCUGGCUCUACUGGCUGCAGGGACUCUGCGGGAUCAUCUGCCUGCUCAAGUCCGGCAUCAGCGCCCUGCACCUCGUCACCGCUUCCCAGAACAUGGCCGCCAUGGACGCCGCCGAGCGAGAGACGAGCGCCAAGAAGCAGUGAGAGAGGAAGUCGGGGAGACGAAGCCACAGCGGUUUUAUUUCUUAUUGUUUUUGAACUGAGCUGACUUUAAUAAGACAAGAAACACGACAUCAGACGGAUGGACGGACAGACAGACAGAUGGACAGACAGACAGAUGGACAGACGGACAGACGGACAGACAGA